UCAAAAACGCGCAAAAACGUAAACAAAUCAUAAUAACGCAGAGCUUUAAAUUUUUAAUUGAAAAUUGAAAUUUAAUACUAAUAAAUAUUUCUUCAACGAUUCAUUAUGUUAUUGCGAAUUUAAAUUCAAUGGAAAAUGGAACCCAAAGUGAAAUCCGAACCCAAUGAUACUAAAAACUUUCCUAAGCAAACCGGCGUUGUGAAAACUGAACCUAAACCUAAAGCUCCAGCUCCUAAACCUUGCACUAACCGCGCCAAAUCUGUAGUAAAUCGUAAGCCUCCGAACCGGAUGCCAAACAACAGAAAUUCUUAUCCACCUUAUGUCCCUGAUAUAUAUGGAUGUGGACCGUACGGACCGUCUCGUUAUAAUAAUUAUGCGAAUGCUCCUUACCGGGAAGACCGCUGGUCUAGAAAUAAUUCUUACGGCUGGUAUGGAAAUGACGGUUACGGAGGAGGUAACUGGAAUAGAAAUGAUUCUUACGCAGGAGGAAACUGUUACGGAAAUGAUAAUUAUGGAGGAGGAAACGGGUACGGAUAUGAUAACUAUGCAGGAGGAAACGGGUACGGAUAUGAUAAUUAUUCAGGAGGAAACUGGUACGGAGAUGGUAACUAUGCAGGAGGAAACGGGUACGGAUAUGAUAACUAUGCAGGAGGAAACGGGUACGGAUAUGAUAACUAUGCAGGAGGAAACUGCUACGGAGAUAAUACUUACGCAGGAGGCAACUGUCUCAGUAAAACCCAAUUGAAGAAAAAACAAAAACGUGAAUUAGCUGAAUUAAAUUCAUCCUCAUCUGCCAAGAAAGUUAAAAAACCCCAAAAACCUAAGAAAGAUAAAACACCCGAAAAGACGAGUCCGCCUGCUAAGAAAGGUAAAAAAUCCAAACACAAACACGAAAAAAAAUCCAGAAAGAAGAAUCCGCCUGCCAAAACAGUUGAAACACCCCCGAAUCAGAAACAAGAUCAAGAUCAAGAACUUAGCUCCGAUUCUUCUUAUAGUGAUGAUGAAGAUUUGAUAAGCAGUGGAACACACAAGUGCAGCGCUAUUUCGAUAUUCAAUAAGCUGAGUUAUUACGAUGCCAUAAAAACUUUUGAAGUACCCAAAAAAGACUCUGAACAGUCCUAUAUAAAGUCAGAACUUGAAGAAGUGAAAAUGUCACCGUACGAGGUUCAAAUGAAUAAUAUCUAUAAUGACAAGAUCUUCGAACUUAUGGCGCGUAAUGAUUUAUUAAAAUCGUCUCUGUCACCGAAUACUCAGCGAUCAGAUUCAUCGAUCGUAGAAAACCCUUGCGCUGUAAAGGGUUAUAUAUGGGAAAAGGACGUGGAUAUUCCAGCCAUUCGUAUUGUAGACGACAGAAUUAGAGAAACAACCGCAUCUUAUCUGAGUAAUCCGAAUGUUUGUAAGCGUGUGUUGAUCAGAUUGAUCGCCGAUCUGAACGACGCAGUCAAAUUUGAAGGAUUUACAAAUCAAUGGAAUUGGUAUGGUUCCUACUUGAGCGGUUCAGCUUGCAGGGAUAGCACAAUAAAUCUUUAUUAUGAACUUGUGCCGGAAAGUACUGAUGUUGGUACCAUUGAGUGUGGAACAGUAUUCAAAAAACUUUGUCAGGAUUCUUUGAAAAAAUGUGAAGCAUUUUCCGAUUUAGAAUCCAACGAACGUAGACCAUUUCCUUGGAUAAGAGCGUACCAUCCAAAAGUCGGCAGAAAGAUAAACAUAACUUUCUCGAAUGAUUCGCAUUCGGGCGAAUUGAAAGUCCAAAAUUCAUACUUGAUGAAACUGUAUUUUAACAUGAACCCGAAUCUGAAGGACUUGACUAUAUUCCUGAAAAUCAUAAUGCAAAAAUACGAUAUACAUGGAAACCGCGGUCUUGGUAGGAUGAAUACGUUCACGUUGUUCUGGCUCGUUGCGUUUUUCAUGCAACAGAAAAAGUUAUUGCCAGCUGUGAUCGAAGUACGAAAGGCAGCCAAAAUAAUAUACCACGUAAACGAAUGGGAUUGUUCGAUGCCUGAAGAAUUUUCGUUUCCAACCGAGCCGAUUUCAUUGUACUCGUUACUGCUGGGAUUUUUCGACUUUUAUCGUGAUUUUGAUUUCUCCAAAUACCUCGUGUGCCCGUACCUUGGUAGCGCUGUUUUGUUGAGCGACUUCGAACGAUUACUGAUUCCUAGUAACGAAUUUUCUACGUAUUUGAGACUGAUGCAGAAUUCUUGGAAAUUGACGUUCCGCAGAAGUGUGAUAAAUCUGCAAGAUCCGUCUGAUCUGAGCUUCAACACGGCAGCAGGAAUACUGGACGAAUGUGCGAAUAAAUUCAAAGUCGUUUGCCAUCGUUUGAGCGAUUUGCUACCUCGAUCCGUGGAACAGAUUGAAAAAAUGGAUUGUUUCUGUAACCUUUUGCCAAAUAAGAUGCCGAUGGAUUUCUGCGAUUAUUUUCCGCAUAAUCUCACUCAAUACCAUACGAUCGUUCUGCAUACCAAUGCCGCGGCCGAUUUAGGUUUCGAUGACCAACGCCAGAAGAAAUUGAACCAAAUCUAUAUACUGGAGGCUGUUCGUAAAAUUAUGGAGUUUGUGUUUAAGUUGGAAAAAAAGAAGAUUGUAAUCGCUCAAAACGUUUCUCAAGUUGUGUUCAGCAUCAGUAAAGGCAGCACCGUUAAACGAACUUAUCCAGUCAUUUAUUUCGAAUAUUGUUCGUCGGCGAAUACCUGGCAAUGUGAUUACAUGAAAGAGAUCAUUCCGCGGAAUGCGGACGAAAAAAAACCACUUACAGUUAACUUAACUUGUGACGUGUGUUUGGAGACUGGAGUCGUCAAGUUAUUCGUUCAAAGUGAUGUCGAUUUCAUUAAGUUUUUACGCUUGUAUUUGCGAAAAUUAGUGAUAUAUACGUUGUCAGUGAUUGUGCCUCCUUAAACAUUAUUUUAGUCUAGUUGGAGAAAUAAGAUUGUUUUUUUUUUUUGUUUUAGUUUAAGAAUUUUUUUCAAGUGAGAUACGCACGUACCUACGUUUUUUGUUUGUAUUCUUGUGCUGUUUUUUGUUACAUUCGUGUUUGUAAACUUUUCAUUCGCGAAAUAAAUGAUCUCCGUUUCAGUGAGAA